UUGUCCGGACUGGAGCCUGGCCAUCGUAUUCAGUCCUUUGAUGAGGCUAAGCGGCUUGAUCAGAUCAACGAGCGUAUGCCUCCGUCAAUGGCCGCCACACCGUCACAGUCGCCGAUGGCAAGUCCGUCGGCGCGUCGACCCGGUUCCAAUGCCUCCAACAGUGCAACAAACUGA